AUGUCUCGAAGGAAGAUUUCGUCGGAGUCCUUCAGCUCCCUGGGCUCCGACUACCUGGAGACGAGCCCAGAGGAGGAGGGGGAGUGCCCCUUGUCUAGGCUCUGUUGGAACGGCAGCCGGAGCCCGCCCGGGCCGCCCGAGCCCAGAGCGGCGGCCGCCGCCGGCCCGACCCCGGCAGCAGCCGCCGCCACCGCCGCCACGGCUGGGGCCAGGAGACCGCAGCGCCGGAGGCGGGUCAACCUGGACUCUCUGGGCGAGAGCAUCAGCCGCCUAACGGCGCCCUCGCCCCAGAUGAUACAGCAAACUCUCAAGAGGACAUUGCAGUAUUAUGAGCACCAAUUUACUGGUUAUAGGGAUGUAGAAAAGAAUUUCUACAAUAUUUCUAACAGAUGCUCCUAUGCAGACCAUUCCAACAAAGAAGACAUUGAAGAUGUCUCAGGAAUUCUUCAGUGUACUGCUAAUGUACUCGGUUUGAAGUUUGAGGAAAUUCAAGAAAGAUUUGGUGAGGAGUUCUUUAAUAUAUGCUUUGAUGAGAAUGAGAGAGUCCUUCGAGCUGUAGGUGGCACGUUGCAGGACUUUUUUAAUGGCUUUGAUGCUUUGUUGGAACACAUUAGAACUUCUUUUGGAAAACAGGCCACUCUGGAGUCACCAUCAUUCCUAUGCAAAGAGCUCCCUGAAGGUAAUCUUAUGCUCCACUACUUCCACCCUCACCACAUUGUGGGGUUUGCAAUGCUUGGAAUGAUUAAGGCUGCAGGAAAGAAAAUCUAUCAGCUGGACGUAGAAGUGGACCAGGUUGCAAAUGAGAAACUGUGCUCUGAUGGUUCAAACCCAGGCAAUUGUAGUGGUCUUACUUUCCUUAUCAAACAAUGUGAAAAUACUAGUAUCACGAAGAACCUUCCACAGGGAACCUCCCAAGUUCCUGCGGACCUCAGAAUUAGCAUCAACACCUUCUGCAGAGCCUUCCCUUUCCAUUUGAUGUUUGACCCCCACAUGACAGUCCUUCAGCUUGGGGAAGGCCUAAGGAAGCAGCUCCGAUGUGACACUCACAAAGUGCUCAGGUUUGAGGACUGCUUCGAGAUUGUUUCUCCAAAGGUUAAUGCCACCUUCGAAAGGGUUCUGCUGCGACUGUCCACGCCAUUUGUGAUUAGGACCAAGCCUGAGGCUUCUGGCACUGAGAAUAAAGACAAGGUGAUGGAAGUUAAAGGACAAAUGAUCCAUGUCUCAGAAUCAAAUUCUAUUUUAUUCUUGGGUUCUCCAUGUGUGGACAAGUUGGAUGAACUCAUGGGACGAGGGCUGCAUCUCUCGGACAUCCCUAUCCAUGAUGCUACCCGAGAUGUAAUUUUGGUUGGUGAGCAGGCAAAGGCCCAAGAUGGCUUGAAGAAGAGGAUGGAUAAAUUAAAAGCAACUUUAGAAAGAACUCACCAGGCCCUAGAAGAAGAGAAAAAAAAAACAGUGGAUCUUCUAUAUUCUAUUUUCCCUGGUGAUGUAGCCCAGCAAUUGUGGCAAGGGCAGCAAGUGCAAGCCAGAAAGUUUGAUGAUGUCACCAUGCUCUUUUCAGACAUUGUUGGCUUCACAGCCAUAUGUGCCCAGUGUACCCCCAUGCAAGUAAUCAGCAUGCUGAAUGAACUGUACACAAGAUUUGACCACCAAUGUGGAUUUUUGGAUAUUUAUAAGGUGGAAACAAUAGGUGAUGCAUACUGUGUUGCUGCAGGGCUCCACAGAAAAAGCCUCUGCCAUGCUAAACCCAUUGCUCUGAUGGCCCUGAAGAUGAUGGAACUUUCUGAAGAGGUGCUGACACCUGAUGGAAGACCAAUUCAGAUGAGAAUAGGCAUUCACUCAGGCUCUGUGCUGGCUGGAGUUGUUGGGGUAAGAAUGCCACGAUAUUGCCUGUUUGGAAAUAAUGUCACUCUGGCAAGCAAAUUCGAAUCGGGAAGUCACCCUCGACGCAUCAAUGUCAGCCCAACCACUUACCAGUAA